UAAAAAAAAUUUCAUUAAUUACAUUUGCAGAGAGCGAUAGGAAAACAUUUGAAAGACUGUUAGAUACUAAUGUCCUCGCAGUUGCCGUGUGUAUGAACAAAGCAGUGUGCUUGAUGCGUAAACGAAAUAUCGAAGGGCAUAUUUUUAAUAUUAUCAGCGUUGCGGGGCAUUAUUUAAUACCGAGUGUGGGUCCCUUGAAUGUGUAUUCUGCUAGUAAACAUGCAGCACUUGCUCUAACUCAGACCGUACGACUCGAAAUAGCGGAAAUUAAAGCUCCUAUUCGAGUUACCAGCAUUAGUCCCGGUAUUGUACAAACAAACAUCUUUGAACAUUCGGAUACAAUGAGAGACUUUAUCGAGAAAGUACCAACGCUUCAACCGUCAGACAUAGCGGAUGCGGUCAUCUAUGCUCUUGGAACACGACCGGAAGUUCAGAUUACGGAGUUUACCAUCCAGCCAACCGGAGAGUCUUUCUGAAGAGUCUUCAGUAAAAUACCCGUUUUGUUAAUGCUUUAACAGUUUUACAAAAAACAAUUUUACGCUAAUAAUAAAGUAAGAAACUCAUGAAGAGUCUCUAAGCUUUUAUGUUGCUUUGCAUUUUUUGUAUGAAUAUAAAAUUUGUUACUCCCUAUCAUAA